AUGAUUACAGACAUUGAACGACUCAUACUUCUUCACAGUUUCCGUGAUAUCGUUUGGCAAUACUGUCAAAGAAAAUUGACAUACGAUAUCGAUAAACUCCCUGCAAUCUCAGGUGUAUCACGACUUCUUCAGCCAGCCAUUGGAGGAGAUUAUCUUGCCGGCUUGUGGAGUUGCGAUUUACUCGUUGAGCUUUGUUGGGUUCCUGAAAUGAAACUGGGAUGUCUUCACAUCAAGCCCUAUCGUGCGCCCUCAUGGUCAUGGGCCGUAACGAACGAUCGCGUCAAAUUCCAUCGGGGCACCGUCAUCGCACCUAAAGAUCGAAUUGCCGAGUUGAAAGUUAUAGACUAUCAUGUAAUCCCGAAAGUCGAGAACAAUCCUUACGGCGAGAUAGAAUCUGCGUAUCUAAUCACUGAGGGUUUGACCCUUCCUGUUCUACGAGCAUGGCAAACGAGACAUCUGGGAAGAUAUGAUUAUGAUGGUUACUCGGGUACAUAUUGUUUUGAUGAUCCGGCCGGAAUUUCGCAUUUUGAAGCUUCGGAGUGGUCUAAGAAUUACGGGUGGCAACAGGCUUUUUGGAAAAUGGACGAGGAUCUAGGAGUGCAGAUAAUGACGGGUUGGGAGACGCAUGCGCAUGGUAAACAAGUCAUUGAUAUUGAAGAGGAGAAAUGGAUGCAGGAAGCAUAUAUUGUUUUGCUUGUUGCGUCAACAAAUAGAGAUGAUGGGGAUGAGAGACCAUAUGCUGAGUGUUUGAUUUUGAAGAAAGUUGAUGGAGAUAAGGAUCGCGAUGAUGAUACAAUAGAAGUUUAUGAAAGAGUAGGAAAUUAUGUGGUUCAUCAUGAACCGGAAUGGUUGGAAUCUUGGACUAUGAAAACUGUUAAAUUGAUUUGA